AUGGCUAGCAAGUAUAGCAGCAUAACAUAUUACAAGUCGAAGUUGAUAAUUUGGCGGUAUUACACCUCUGUGCCUCAAAUUACGGAUAGAGGAAGCAUGGCUUCGCAAGCCAUAUGGUUGCUGGUAAUUCUCAUUGCGGCAUCCGCUACAAAUUCGCUCACAUUAGACGAAGAGGCAACCAACGAUGUAGUAGCUACAGCUGCGGCAGCUGAAGAAGGUCAGAUCGCUAUCCUGGUGAGAGGACCAUCGAGAGUAGACUCGGGUCGUGAAGAGCUGUUACAUGCGAAAGGCUCUGAUGAUAAUUCAAUAUCAUUGUACUAUAAUAGCAAAACCAAUAAAAUCUAUCUCGAAAGCUUAAAUGGAGGUCAUAUAAAAUCAGUAUCAUGGGGCUUAGGAGCUUAUCCACGGGGCACAAUACUUUUGGUGGUAAACCAUUCAAGAGUUAAAAUCGUGGUCGGCUGUAAGGCAUUGCAUUGGCACAAUAUGUCUAGUAGGCAUGACGUGUUGAAAUUGUUCGCUAGUCAAAAAUUGAAAGUGUAUCACGAGGAAAAUGCACCAGUAGAAGUUUAUACCAAUGAAAGAUCGGCAUUAGAUUCUAUAAGUUGUAACCAUCAAGAAGAACUAAAACCACCAACUCUAGUCACAGUAGAUUCAGACGUAGAUGAAGUAAAAGAUUUCAUAAAGAAAGAGGAAAGGAUGAAGAUGGAAGAAGAAAUGCAAGGGGAUUACCCUAAUAAUAAUUACAUUGAUCCUAACAUUUACCCUACGCUGCCACAGCCCACAGUUCCUCCAAGAGGGGAUAUCCCUGCAGCUGAUAUUGAAUCUUGUGAUGACGAAGUGAUUCGACAGUUGACACUCCUUCGACAAACCAUAGAAUUGCUACGUAAUGAAUUGAGGGAGCAAAAGGGAAAUAUCGACACUCUUCGAAAUCAAGUUCUUCUGUGUUGCAAUAGAGCGCCAUCACCUCCUCCCGUAGAGAGAUGCUCUGGUUCAUCAUGUUACCCUGGUGUGGAAUGCCGGAACACUGCUAGUGGAGUGGAGUGCGGGUCUUGUCCGUCCGGCAUGGAGGGAGACGGCCGCCGCUGCAGGCCUGUGACCUGUGACCGAAGACCUUGUUCACAAGUUGAAUUCUGUACCGACACUGACAAAGGAUAUCGAUGUGAGCGGUGUCCCGGCCGACAGACCAGCGACGGUCAGACGUGCCGGUCCGCCUGCGAUCCUAACCCAUGCUAUGAAGGACGUGUCCAAUGCCAAGACCAACCUGACGGCAGGUAUCGUUGUGGGCCUUGCCCCGCCGGCUACACUGGCAACGGGCAGGAGUGCGUGCGGCUCGCGUGCCGCUCCAACAGUUGUUUUCCAGGAGUAGAAUGUGUAGAGACGUCUUCAGGUCCCCGCUGUGGGUCCUGUCCUAGCGGAUACUUGGGGGACGGGCAUCGAUGCCAGACCCUCUGCGAGGCGAGGCGGCCGUGCGGCGACAGGCGCUGCACACCCAUCUCUGAUAGUCCUUACUAUCAGUGUGAGGAAUGCCCUAAGGGCUACGAGUGGAAUGGCUACAGCUGCGUAGACAUGGACGAGUGUGACUUGGUGCGGCCGUGCGACGAGCUGGUGUCGUGUCGCAACACGGACGGCGGGUUCGAGUGCGGCGCGUGUCCCGCCGGGUACGCGGGCGCGGCGUGGGCCGGCGCCGGUCGCGCGCGCCGCCGGGACUGCCGGGACGUGGACGAGUGCGCGCAGGACGUGUGUCCGAGGGGGCGGCUGUGUGUCAACACGCCGGGCUCGUACACGUGCGUGCCGUGCGGCGGCCACUACUACGUGAACACGUCGCGGCCGUGCGCGGAGGCGCUGCGCCGCUGCGAGCCCGCGCGCUGCCGCCGCUACAACGCCGUGUGCGGCUACGGCGCCGACUGUGUCUGCGCGACCGGCUGGGCAGGUAACGGUACAGUAUGCGGACCGGAUAGCGACUUAGACGGCUAUCCUGACCAGGAACUGCCCUGCUCCGAGCUACGUUGCAAAGCGGAUAAUUGUCCCCAAGUGUCUAACUCUGGACAAGAAGACGCGGAUAAGGACGGACUUGGUGACUCUUGUGACCCUGAUGCUGAUGGGGAUGGGAUACCUAAUAUACCGGACAACUGCCCGCUGACGGCCAACCCCGACCAGCACGACCGCGACGAGGACCGCAGCGACAAGCGCGGCGACGCCUGCGACAACUGCCCGCGCCGCCACAACCCCGGCCAGGAGGACGCCGACGGCGACGGGCUCGGCGACGUCUGCGACCCCGACAUGGAUAAUGAUGGUAUACUGAACGAGCGCGACAACUGCCCGCGCGUGUACAACCCGGCGCAAGAGGACACGGACGGCGACGGCGCGGGCGACGCGUGCGACAACUGCCCGCGCGUGCGCAACGCGGCGCAGGCCGACGCCGACAGCGACGGCGUGGGCGACGCCUGCGACAGCGACGUCGACCGCGACCAGGACGGCAUCCAGGACGGGCUGGACAACUGCCCGAACCUCGCCAACAGCGACCAGCAGGACGUGGACGGCGACGGCAAGGGCGACGCCUGCGACCCGGACAUCGACGGCGACGCCAUCCCCAACCUGGAGGACAACUGCCCGCUUGUCUAUAACCCGGAUCAAUCCGAUGUUAAUUCGGAUGGUAUCGGGGACCUCUGCGACAACGACUUCGACGGAGACAACGUCACCAACGCGAUGGACAACUGCCCCAAUAAUUCAAGAAUUUAUAGAACUGAUUUUAGGAACUACAUGACAGUACGUCUGGACCCCGAAGGCACAUCACAGUUAGAUCCUAACUGGGCAAUUGCCAACGAGGGGGCUGAAAUACUCCAGACCCUGAACUCCGAUCCUGGACUUGCUGUUGGGUUUGAGAGCUUUGGUGGUGUGGACUUUGAAGGAACUCUAUUCGUUGAUACUCCCAUUGAUGACGAUUAUGUUGGCUUUAUAUUUGGUUACCAGAACAGCGCGCGAUUCUACGUAGUGAUGUGGAAGAAGAGCACCCAGACGUACUGGCAGACCACGCCCUUCCGCGCCGUGGCCGAGCCCGGCGUGCAGCUCAAGCUGGUGCACUCGCGCUCCGGCCCCGGCAAGCUGCUGCGCAACGCGCUCUGGAACACCAACUCCACCGCUGACCAGGUGACCCUCCUAUGGAAGGACCCGCGCAACGUGGGGUGGCGCGAGCGCACCGCCUACCGCUGGCGGCUGCUGCACCGCCCCAAGAUAGGCCUCAUACGGCUCAAGAUAUACGAGAACACGCGCCUCGUGGCCGACUCCGGCAACGUCUACGACUUCACGCUCAAGGGUGGCCGCCUUGGAGUAUUCUGCUUCUCGCAGGAAAUGAUCAUCUGGUCUAACCUCGUCUAUAGAUGUAAUGAUAAAAUUCCAACCAAUAUUGUGUCAGAGCUGCCUCCGAGGCUACUCAAGAAACUGGAUAUAGAUCACGAUUUUGUAUAUCUU